GACGAUAAUGCGCCUGGGACAGACGAUUUGGACUUGGAAUUGGAACCACCACCUGAACCAGAACCAGAGCCCGAAGACGACGUUUCAGGCCCAGAUGGGACUGGAAACGGUAAACCGUAUGCUCUUCGUCAGCGACAGAGAAUCAACUACGCCAUCCCGCCCCCACUAGAAGAUCUUUCUCGUCCGCCAGCGCACAGAUCCAACAACGCGAACAAUAAUAGAAAAGGCGGGCUGGGUUGGAGUGCGUCCGGUGCUGAGCUGGGCAAGUGGAUGGGCUUACCUGCGGACGAUUCUGAUUCGGAUGUCCCAACGAGGACACCGAGAAAGCCAUUUGGUGGAGUGGGUAUGACUGGAGGGUUUGAGGGUGCCGUUGCCGGCGGUGGGGGAUUACUUUCAGGUGAUCUUGCUGCUGCUGGAACUCCUUCAAAUUUGGGCAAAGUCGAUGAUUCGACACUUGCCGACGCGGAUCCACUCGGAGUCAACGUCAACGUAACGUUUGACGAAAUUGGCGGUUUAGACGAUCAUAUCAACUCUUUGAAAGAAAUGACCGUCUUGCCGCUUUUAUACCCCGAAGUUUUUCAACAAUUCAAUGUCACUCCCCCUCGAGGUGUGCUAUUCCAUGGUCCCCCUGGGACAGGUAAGACGCUCCUUGCAAGAGCGUUAGCUGCGAGUUGUCGUUCAAAUGGGAAGCAGAUUACUUUCUUCAUGCGCAAAGGCGCUGACGCGCUUUCCAAAUGGGUCGGCGAAGCCGAACGCCAGCUUCGUCUUCUUUUCUCCCAAGCCCGUUCCUCCGCUCCCUCAAUCAUAUUUUUCGACGAAAUAGACGGCCUGGCACCUGUUCGAUCUUCAAAACAAGAUCAAAUCCACGCUUCCAUUGUGUCUACCCUUCUUGCGUUGAUGGAUGGCAUGGAUGGAAGAGGGCAGGUAGUGGUCAUUGGAGCUACGAACAGACCGGAUGCGAUUGAUCCUGCGUUACGGAGGCCAGGAAGGUUUGAUAGAGAAUUCUAUUUCCCUUUACCAGAUUUGAUUGCGAGGGAGAGAAUUCUCAGCAUUAUGACCAAGGGCUGGAUAGGCUGGGGGUCGGGAGAGGAGGAUCCAAGAGUGAAGGCAAGAGUGAACGGCCUAGCGGAGCUGACUAAGGGGUAUGGCGGAGCUGAUUUAAGGGCUCUAUGUACUGAAGCAGCGCUCAAUGCCAUUCAACGCAAGUAUCCCCAGAUAUACAAGUCGGAAGAUCGGCUUUUACUCCAACCUGAAACGAUAUCGGUUGCACUAAGAGACUUUAUGGUUGCUAUCAAGAAACUCGUGCCAUCAUCAGCCCGAUCCUCUUCUUCGGCCGCAGCGCCUCUACCUACCCAACUCGUCCCGCUCCUCCAUGAGUCCUUGCAAAAAGCGAAAAACAUCCUUGGAAGAGUUCUUCCACUGGAGAAGAAGCUCACAGCGUUGGAGGAAGCUGAGUUUGAGGAUUACCACGAUAAUGAUGAGGGGAAUCGUGAUGAUGGAGACGGAAAGGACUACGGAGGGGAGCUGGAGAGGGAGAUGAGGUUGCAAUCUAUGGAGGUUCUAAGAAUCCAUCGACCGCGACUGAUUUUACAUGGCCAGAUUGGAAUGGGACAGAGUUAUGUUGGGGCAGCACUGUUACAUCACCUUGAAGGAUAUCAUGUUCAGAGCCUGGAGCUUGGGACCCUUUUGGGUGAUUCUGCAAGAACAACUGAAGCAGCCCUUGUUCAACUCUUCGUCGAAGCUAAGCGCCACUCACCCUCAGUUAUCUAUAUUCCUUCCCUAGUCGGUUGGUGCGCUGCAAUAUCUGAGACUGCGCGAGCCACUGUGCGGGCAAUGCUCGACACCCUAGCCCCAACAGACUCAAUCCUCCUUCUAGCCAUUGUAGAUGGGAAGUUCUCUUCUUUACCUAGGGACGUCCGCGCAUGGUUCGGACCAACCGCGAUCAAAGAUAACUCGGUGGAAAUUUUGUCACCCUCACCAAAUCAGCGCUCUACCUUCUUUGAACCUCUGAUAGACGAUAUCAAGAGACCCCCGAAUAAAUUUGCGGAUGGAAUGGGAGCAAAGAGGAAGAAAAGAGUAUUGGAGACUCUACCAAUUGCGCCCCCAUUGGAACCUAGGAAGCCGACUGAGAAGGAGUUAGCGGUACAGGAGGAAAAUGACCAAAAGACGAUCACAAUCUUGAGGUAUAGGUUAGGACCAAUUAUCAGUGAGUUGAAGAGGAAGUUCAAGAGAUUUACGAAGAGGGCCCAGGAAGAGUACAAGGUCGAGUUCGAUUUUAAUGAACAAAUGGCUGCUGCUGCGUCUUCAGCGCAGUCUGACCCAGUAGCUCAGGCUGUGGUCUCAACUAUUGAAAUCAUGUCUGAUGGUGCCAUGGACCCCUUGGAUGCUGUCCAAACUACACCGCAUCUGCCUUCGCCCCCGCCACAACCCUCACUCUACGACAUGGAUCUUGAAAAGAUGCACGAGCUUCUUUACAAAGAUCGCUACCUGACCCCCGAGGAAUUCCUCGCCGACGUUCGCAAGAUUGUGCACAACGCAGCGAUGUACUCUCACCGGGAUCCGGAUCGACAUUAUAAAGCCCAGGCAAUGCUUACUGCCACGGAGGUGAGUAUGCAGGACAAUUUCGACUUGAUAUUAAGGGAGGAGUGCGAGAGGAUGGCAGGGAGGGUGAGAAAGAGAAGGAUGGAAUAUAAGAUGAAGAGGAAAGAGGAGAAAGAAAAGGAGAAGGAGAAAGAGAGGGAGAAAGAGGGUGUGGAAGCGCAAGCACCUCCCUUCCUCAACGGAACCCGCAGAAGUGCAAGGAAUAACGGCCAGAGGCCAGAAUUGGCCAUCACAGAUCCUGUUGCACUCGAACGGAAAUUGAAGAGACAAAGGGAGGGUGCUGAUGGUGCGGUAGGUGAUGCAGGACCAAGAGGGGAAAUGGAUCAGGAUGGUGCUAGAGAUGCGAAAAGGUCCAGAACCUUUGGGGAUUCGAACGACCGAGACCCUUUGGAUAUCAUAACCCCAAUAACUACCCCACCGCGGCCUGGCGGAGUACGGUUUGCGCCCUCAGUGGGGUCACAGCAACAGGAACCUCCAUUCUACCCCCAACGACCAUCGUCUUCAUACCUUCCCCAGCUGCUGCCGCCCCCUGGUCCUACGGGAUAUCAAAGUUCUUCCAACCCAACGCCAGUACCUUACAUAAUGCAGAAUGAUAAUUCAAUGUCUGUUGAUCAACCUCAACCUCCAUCUACACCUCGUGGCGGCGGGGUUGCGAUGCUUCUCAACCCAGUCCAUCCUGGGGAAGAGCGUGAACGGACGGUUUCUGCACGACCAUCUCCCGCUCCACAAAAUUCUCAUCAGCCUUCUGCUCCUGUUCCAGGCGACGAUGGUAAUCCAUUCUUGACCGUCUCCGAUGCUACGCGUAACGUACCAAAUCGGAAAUCCGCGUCACCUCUGCCUCAGAUACCUGCCCACCCUACAUCCAUCCUCAAAUCCCCUGCUCCUCCGGAAAAAGCCGCUUCGCCGAUGCCCAUAAUCGAGCGGACGCCAACGCCAUUGCCUAAUUUCCAUGUCGAUACCCUAUUGUUAGAGCAACUACACGCAAGUUUGCGGGAAAGCACAUUUGGUUUGACGAUUGAAGAACUGGAACAGUUACGGGCAACGUGCCUUGGGUGCGUAUGGCGGCAUCGUACAGAGUGGGAUCGGGAUGCGUUGGUGAGAGAAUUGCAGGAUGUUGUAUCUGAUUUCGUGGCUGAA